ACCCAGUACCUGAAUCUUUUAGACAUGCAUCUGUUAUGAAUAUAUUCAACACCUGUACAGUAUAUAAAGAGUAUCUGUGAUGAUCAGCAUCAAGACAGACUAGUCCACAGUAUUUACCUGGAGUGUACAUCAUGAUGAAGCGGCUCCUUUCUUUGGCUUUGAUCGUGGCUCUCUCCAGCACAGCUGGAGCACUUGUGUGUCAGACUUGCACAGAUGAUGAUUGUACAAGCACAGUGCCACUAACAUGUGACACAGAGACAAUGUGUAUAACUGCUGCCAUUACAGCGGUUUCAUCUGGAACUCCUGGAACACAAAUCUUCAAAGCAUGUGCAUCGUCCUCCCUGUGUCCAGUCACAGGCUCCCAGACAUUUUCUGUUAACUUGGGUGUUUCAAGUGCACUUGCAUCUGCUACGUGCUGCGACUCAGAUAACUGCAACUCAGCCACUCUAUCUUUCCCAACGACUCCUUCACCCAACGGCUUUCAGUGUUACGUAUGUGACCCUAACACCUCUCUAUGCACCACUUCAAUCACAUGUACUGGAACAGAGGAUCGCUGCUUUCAAGCAAGCCUGUCAGAUGGGGCCACCACUUCUCCUGCCUUUGGUUGUGCAUCUACAAACAUGUGUGCAGCAUCUGCCAGCCUAGGGACACUACCUUUUAUGCAAGAUGUUGGCAGUAUAAUCAGUGGACCUGCCUGUUGUGGCACUAAUCUAUGUAACGCUCUCACAACAACAACUACUGCACCAACCACUACUACUAAUGCACCAACCACAACUACUGCACCUGCCACAACUACUACUGCUCCAACUACAACUACCAAUGCUCCAACUACAACAACUGCCCCAACUACAACUACUGCACCAACCACAACUACAGCACAAACCGCUAGAAUUACUGCUCCAACCACACAUCCUUCUCUAAAUCGCAGCAUAUCCAGCUCUACCACCUCCAUCUCCAGUGCCUUCUCCCGUCUCCAAGCCGUACAUCGUAGUCCACUGAGGUCUGCUGUGAUCCACCUGGUGGAAACAACGUCAUCCAUCCAUGUCCUGAUAUUCCACGUGCAGCCCAACAAAUGCGUGUGGACUACGUAUGCUUCUGCCCCCCGCCCACCUCUGUUGUUGUCCUGCAUUAGUUGGCAGAGGAGGGACAGUAAAUGCCACCGGAUGAAUCCCGGGCCUCAGAGGAGUGCGUCCUCCCCGCUCACCUUGAGGGAGCCCGCUCUGAAUGACAUGCGACGUCAACAACGACAACCGCGGCAAGGUCACUGAGGAUCACGGAGCGUGAUGGGUCAAGGUUCAACAUCUGGUCUGACACGUGCCGG